GCGCUCUCCGUAUGUUUUCGAGCUGUCAUGUGAAUCCAGUGAUUGCCAAAACGUUUAGAGAAAACUGACUUUAUCAAAUGAACAUUUUUUAUUUUCGAUUAUAAUAAAUAGCCAAAAUGCUCUCCCGUUUAUUAAAAGAACACCAAGCGAAACAAAACGAAAGGAAAGAGCAACAAGAAAGACGAAGGCGAGAGGCCAUAGCAGCUGCAACAUGUUUAACAGAAGCUCUGGUGGACCAUCUCAAUGUAGGGGUGGCGCAGGCGUACGUCAACCAGCGCAAGCUGGACCAUGAGGUGAAGACGCUGCAGGUUCAAGCCAGUCAGUUUGCCAAGCAGACGGCUCAGUGGAUCAACAUGGUGGAGAACUUCAACCAGGCCUUAAAAGAAAUCGGAGAUGUGGAGAACUGGGCGCGAAGUAUUGAGAUGGACAUGCGGACAAUCGCGACAGCUCUGGAGUAUGUGCACAAAGGCCCGGCUCAGCCCACGUCUUCAUGAGCAGAUGGACUCUGAUGGUCCAAAAUGGACAGAAACGCUGAGGCUUUUCCUCCAGAUGUUGGUGAAACUUGGACACUGUUAUUUGAGACAUUUGUGUCUCAUUUAUUCCAGUAAAGAAUUGCUGGAACAGCUGUUUAUUUCUGAUUUGUUUUAUUUUUAUUUUCGUUUUACAUAAUAUUAAUAUGCUUGCAUAAUAAAAAAUAUCUAUUGUGCCAUAAGUUGGAAUGUUUUAGAUCACAUUUUACCCCCAAAAGUUCCCUUGUACAGAUUCGCUGUCCUGCUUCUAACUUUGACCAGCAUUUAACAAGUGUUUUCCAUUCAGCCUCAGUAAUGAAUGUAUAGUACCAGAAUUACACAUUUUCCCUGCCCCU